UCACUCUCUAAACCUCAUUCGUAAUCCCAACACACAGUAACGGCGGAGCGCCUCCGCCGGAAAAACCUCCGGCGAAAGUUCCGGUCUGGUGCUCCGUUACCUUCUCCGUUCUCCUUCGCGAUCGAAGCUUCAAUCGCUCGGUUCCGUUUUCCCAUUCCAGUUGAUCGAGUUCGGAGGUUUUGAUUUUAUGCUGUGGCGGUUUCUUUGCAUUCUCCAGUGAGUGGUGGCACUUUGAAUUGUUGAAUCGUUUGAAAUGUCUUUUCAGCAUAAAAGCUUUUGGAUGCCGCGGGAUGCUGGCUGCUUGGCUGAAGAAAAUGUUGGAUAUGAGAACUCUUCCAGAAUUGAACCAAAGCGGAGUCAUCAGUGGUUUAUGGAUACAGGCGAAUCAGAAGUAUUCAGCAACAAAAAACAAGCAGUUGAAGCUGUUAGUGACAGGCCAGUAUCAGGAGUUUCACAUGUGAAUGUUUCUCAAUGGGACACCAAUUCAGGGUUUCAUUCAGUCACAGGUCAAUUUUCUGAUCGUCUCUUUGGAUCUGAUGUACGGAAUGUCAAUUUGGUUGAUAAAAACAUGCCAUCAAUUGGAAGUGGAAAUCUGAACAUGGGAAGGAAAGAUUUUGGGAAUCAAUAUGGUAAUGAUCCAUCUAUGGGAUUGUCAAUUACCAUUCCAGACCCUUCAUCAUGUCUGAAUUUUGGUGGCAUCAGAAAAGUUAAAGUUAAUCAAGUUAGAGAUUCUGAUAAUUGUAUGCCUCCUGCAUCCACAGGGCACUCCUAUACUAGGGCUGAUAACAGUGCAAUUUCAAUAGGCAAUGGCUACAAUAAAAAUGAUGACAAUAUUUCAUUGGGUCCUACUUAUAACAAUGAAGAUGAGAACUCUAUUGCUAUGGGGACCAGAAUAAGCAAGAAUGGUGACAAUCUUCUUCCAAUGGGCCACACUUUCAUUAAAGGGGAUGGGGGUUUUAUGUUGAUGGGCCACAACUAUGGCAAGGGAGACGAAAGUAUCUUAUCUAUGGGUCAGCCAUUUGACAGGGAAGAUGGACGUUUCAUAUCCAUGGGUCAGUCAUAUGAAAAGGAACAUGGCAACUUGAUAUCUCUGAAUACCUCAUAUACCAAGGAGAAUGAGAGCUUUAUAUCAAUUGGUCCAACCUUUGGUAAAUCAGGAGAAGCUUUCAUAACUGUUGCUCCUUUAGAUGUAUCAACGGUUCCAUACGAUACAGGAGAUUCUAGCUCUUUACCUGUAGGUCAAAACCACAAUAAGGGUCAGAGCAGUACCAUAUCUUUUGGACCUUUUCAUGAUGACCCUGAACCAAAUCCCUCUGGUGGAAUCAUUAGUAACUAUGAUCUGUUGAUGGGCAACCAGAACUCGUCUCAAGAUUUGGAUAGCCAGAAGGAUCUGACUGAGUUAAACUCUGAGCAACUUGUAAAUAGCAUCCCAAAACCUAAUACUAAAACUGAUUCCAACCUUAAGAACAAAGAGCCAAAGUCAACAAAGAAGGCUCCUUCUAACAAUUUUCCUUCAAAUGUCAAGAGUUUGUUGUCAACUGGUAUUUUUGAUGGUGUUCGGGUGAAAUAUGUUUCAUGGUCACGCGAGAAAAAUCUUCAAGGAACCAUAAAAGGGACUGGGUACUUGUGUUCAUGUAAUGACUGUAACUCUAAGGAGUCGAAGCCUCUUAAUGCAUAUGAGUUUGAGCGUCAUGCUGGUGCCAAGACAAAACACCCUAACAAUCACAUAUACUUCGAGAAUGGAAAAACCAUCUAUGCUGUUGUUCAAGAGCUGAAAAACACUCCUCAGGAGAUGCUUUUUGAGGCAAUUCAGCAGGUGACUGGCUCCCUCAUCAAUCAAAAGAACUUUCGUAUUUGGAAAGCUUCAUAUCAAGCUGCUACUCGGGAGCUGCAGCGUAUCUAUGGAAAGGAUGAAGUGACCAUACCAUCAUGAGUUCAGUUUUCUUCUUGGAAGUUCAAAACAGUGGUAGAUAUGUAAUCUGUUCAUAGUGAAUCAAUGGCAGCUUCAUAGUUUAUAAGACUAUUUAAAAUUGAAAAGUUUUAGUUGAUGCUUUAAUUAUGGAAAUUAAGAUGUCUUUUUUUGUAGGAACUUGAUUGCUUUAAUUAUGGAAGUUAAGAUGCCUUUUUGUGGUA